AUGGUUGUGCAGGCGAAUGUGUCAGAGAAGGAACAAAUAGAUGGGCUGAUCAGUGCUGUUGCAGACAAGUGGGGAACAAUUGAUGUGCUUGUAAACAAUGCAGGUAUCACAAGGGAUACACUGAUGAUGCGCAUGAAGCCUGCCAUGUGGCAAGAGGUUAUUGAUACCAACCUCAGUGCUGUCUUUUACAGCAUGCAGGGGGCACUGAAAAUUAUGGCAAAGAAAAGAAAGGGUCGUGUCAUCAACAUAGCAUCUGUGGUUGGGCUGGUGGGCAAUGCUGGACAGGCCAACUAUAGUGCAGCCAAGGCUGGAGUGCUGGGACUGACAAAGACUGCUGCAAGGGAGUUCUCUGGAAGGGGCAUAACGGUCAAUGCAGUGGCUCCAGGUUUCAUUGCAUCAGACAUGACUGCAGCAAUUGACUCUAAAUACGAAGAGCAGAUCCUCAGCAGCAUCCCUCUAGGGCGCUAUGGGCAACCUGAGGAAGUGGCAGGUCUUGUGAAAUUUCUUGCCCUGGACCCGGCUGCUGCUUACAUAACAGGGCAAGUGCUAAAUGUCGAUGGAGGAAUGGUCAUGUAA